GGCGGCUCCGGCCCUGCCUCCCCGGGGAGGCGGCGGCGGCAUGGCCCGGGCCGGCGGGGCGGCGGCGGCGGCGGCGGCGGCGGCGGCGGCGGCGGGGCCGCGGCGGCGGGUGCUGGUGCUGAUGGUGCUGGUGGCCGCGGCGGCGCGGCGGGGCCGGGGCUCGGGCCGGCGGCGGGGAGGCGGCCCCCCCGGUCCCCCCGGUGCCCCCGGGCCGCUGCCACCCCCGGGCCCCUCCUGCUGCUGCUGCCGCUGCCGCUGCCGCUGCCGCCGCCGCCGCCGCCCCGCGCCGCGCCCGCCGCCGCCGCCGCCCGCCCGGAGGCUCUGCCCCGGGGGGGGCUGCCCAUGAAGGAAGAGCCGCUCACGGCCGGGCUGCCCUCGGUCCGCUGGCUGCAGGGCACCGGCAUCCUGGACGCCAGCACGGCGGCACAGAGCGGGGUGGGCCUGGCCCGAGCGCACUUUGAGAAGCAGCCUCCCUCCAACCUGCGGAAAUCCAACUUCUUCCACUUCGUGCUGGCCAUGUACGACCGGCAGGGGCAGCCCGUGGAGAUCGAGCGCACCUCCUUCAUCGACUUCGUGGAGAAGGACCGGGAGCAGAACGGGGAGAAAACCAACAACGGGAUCCACUACCGGCUCCAGCUGCUCUACAGCAACGGGCUCCGCACCGAGCAGGACCUCUACGUGCGCCUCAUCGACUCCAUGUCCAAGCAGGCCAUCAUCUACGAGGGGCAGGACAAGAACCCAGAGAUGUGCCGGGUCCUCCUCACCCACGAGAUCAUGUGCAGCCGCUGCUGUGACAAGAAGAGCUGUGGGAACCGCAACGAGACCCCCUCGGACCCCGUCAUCAUCGACAGGUUUUUCCUCAAGUUUUUCCUCAAAUGCAACCAGAACUGCCUGAAGAAUGCCGGGAACCCCCGGGACAUGCGGCGCUUCCAGGUGGUCGUGUCGACGACGGUGAACGUGGACGGGCACGUCCUGGCCGUGUCCGACAACAUGUUUGUGCACAACAACUCCAAGCACGGCCGGCGCGCGCGGCGCCUCGACCCCUCCGAAGCAGCCACCCCCUGCAUCAAAGCCAUCAGCCCCAGCGAGGGCUGGACCACGGGCGGCGCCACCGUCAUCGUCAUCGGGGACAACUUCUUCGAUGGGCUGCAGGUCGUGUUCGGCACCAUGCUGGUGUGGAGCGAGCUCAUCACCCCUCACGCCAUCCGGGUGCAGACCCCCCCGCGGCACAUCCCCGGCGUGGUGGAGGUGACGCUGUCCUACAAGUCCAAACAGUUCUGCAAAGGGGCCCCCGGGCGCUUCGUCUACACCGCGCUGAAUGAGCCCACCAUCGACUAUGGGUUCCAGCGGCUGCAGAAGGUCAUUCCCCGGCACCCUGGGGACCCUGAGCGCCUGCCUAAGGAGGUGCUGCUGAAGCGGGCGGCUGACCUGGUGGAGGCUCUCUAUGGAAUGCCGCACAGCAACCAGGACAUCAUCCUGAAGCGCGCUGCGGACGUGGCCGAGGCGCUGUACAGCGUCCCCCGCAGCGCGGGGCAGGUCCCGUCGCUGGCCGGUACCCACGGCCCCGCCGCCGGCGUCAUGGGGGUCAGCUCCUUCGGCACCCAACUGGCCGUCAGCAUCGGCGACUCGCCGCAGGGCACGGAGCAAGGCUACUCCCGCAGCCCCGGCAGCGCCUCGCCGCGGGGGUACGUGCCCAGCUCCACGCCGCAGCACAGCGGCUACGGCGGCGGCACCGGUAUCACCGGCUACGGCGGCGGCACCAUGGCCGGGCUCGGGGUGCCCGGGUCCCCCAGCUUCCUCAACGGCUCCACCGCCAACUCGCCCUACGCCAUCAUGCCCGCCAGCCCCCCGCUCGGCGCCUCGUCCAUCACCCUCCCGUCGGGCACCAGCGCCUCCACCCCCACCGGGGUCUUCUCCUUCUCCCCGGUCAACAUGAUCUCGGCCGUGAAGCAGAAAAGCGCCUUCGCGCCGGUGGUGCGGCCGCAGAGCUCCCCUCCGCCCGCCUGCGCCAGCACCAGCAGCCUGCAGGACGCGGCUUUCGAGGACUCGGACAAGUUCCACACGCCCGCGCGGCCGCUCCAGGGACUGGCCUAUUCCUAAAGCACAGCAGGUCCCGGGAUGCUCCGAGCCCCUCAUCCCGCCGGGACGCAACGGCCACGGAGGGCAGGGACCCCCCGAUCCCUGCCCGCCCCUCGCAGCCGUGCCCAUGUGAGCCGGGGUGGCACCGGAGCCGCGGCACGGAGCGGGACCGAGCGCGGCCCCUCCGAGCCGCUCCCGGGGUUUUCCAUGGGGAUCGGGGUGCACGGGGCUGCGGGACCCCCCAUCCCGCUGCCCUGCGGCCACCCCAGCACGGCCCCGCGGAGCCGGUGACCCCGGACAGGGCCGGCACCGGUGCGGCUCGGCACAGCUUGGCUCGGCCGGAGAGGGGCCUUGGGGGGAGCCCCGGGAAUGACCCAAAUGAUCUGGAUUCAGCCUCAGAAAGACACCGGGAGACCCAUGGGAGUGGGGGGCAGCGGCAGCCCUGGGCAGGGUGCGCCAGGGAAGGUGGGAUGGAUGCUCCGAAGUGGGAUGGAUGCAUGCUCCAGGGCAGGAGGGGUACUCUGGAGCGGGAUGGAUGGGUGUUCUAGGUGGGAUGGAUGGUCCAGGUCAGAACGGAUGCUCUAGGGCAGGAUGGGUGCUCUGGCAUGGGAUGGAUACUCUGAGGCAGAAGGGAUGCUCUGGGGUGCGAUGGAUGGUUGCUUUAGGACAGGACAGAUGCUCUGGGGCAGGAGGGAUGCUUCAAGGCAGGAGGAAUGCUCUGCAGUGGGAUGAUGCUCCAGGGUGGGAUGGAUGAUCUGGGGCACUAUGGAUCCAGGGCAGAAUGGACACUCCAGGGCAGAAGGGAUACUCUGGCAGGGGAUGGGCGAUCUGGGGCAGGAUGGAUGGAUGUUCCAGGGCAGGACGGAUGUGCGGGAGAGAUGGGAUGGAUGCUGUGGGUUGGGAUGGCUGUUCCAGGCAGGAUGGCUGCUCGGGGGUGGGAUGGAUGGAUGCUCCGGGGCAGGAUGGCUGCUCCGGUGGGACCCGCUCUCCCACACUUCCCGGAUCUGCAGUGCUCUCUCCCCAGAUGUGCAGCUCUCUCCACAUCUGGAGCCGCCCACCCGCAGCUCCCGGGUGCCGAGGCCGGAUCCCUGCCUGGACCAUGGCCCGGGGGCUGCCCCGGUGCCAGCCCGGCCUCGUUUCCCGUUAUCAUCGCUAUUAUCAUUAAUAAUAUCAAUAUUAGGGUGAUUUCCAGUGGUGGGCAGGGGUCUGGCAGUGCAGGCAGGGGUCUGGCAACACAGGCAAGGGUCUAGUAGCGCAGGCAGGAGGCCCCGGCCCCGGCCCUGCUGCUCCUGCCGGGAUUCCCUGUUCUCCCAGCUGGGAAUUCUGUAAAUAAAUAGGAAAUUAAACCCAAUACCCCCCAAUAUCCCACCCAUGGGGGUGCCCCGUGUCCCUCCAUGUUCCCCCCACACUGCCCCAUUGCCCUUUGCUCAGUGUUGGGUCCUCAUCUCAUGGCCCCAGCCCCUGCCCAGGGUGACUAUAGGGGCCCCAGGGCUGGGGGGAGCCCCCUGCCCACCCUUGGGGUCCCACCACAGGAUGGGGGUGACGGGGUCCCUUGGAGCAAGGGGGGGUUCUGACAUGGGAAUAAAAGGCCUUGCAGAAGGG